UCCGGACAGAGGAUAAAACGAACACAUCCAUAGUGGCAGUAGUGGUGGACAUCGUAGGAGAAGCAGCAACAUGCCUAACCAACGCGUACAGGAAUGGAUCCGCAUGUCCCAGCGCACUCCGGGCAUCCUCAUCUUCGGCAUGGUCCUGUCUCCGUGCGGUUGGAUUCUGGACCUUACCGCCACUGUCGCUCCAAACUGGCGGACCCUCACCGGCUUCAGCAACCAGCCGUCAGAUUACGUCCUCCAGCAGGGCAUCUUUGACAUCUGCGCCACCACCACGUCCUCAACCAGAAACGACUGCGGCCAACCAGACACGUUAUACUACCAAAAUGAGAUUAUUAACGUAGCGCAGGGGCUCAUGGUGGCUUCCCUGGUGGUCACGCUCAUAGGUUUGGCCGUGGCUAUCCCCGGGGUGCGCUGCUGGAGGACUACCCCUAAUUGGACAGUUGCGGGACUGGGAGGAAUUCUCAUCUUCUGCUCUGGAGUCAUGACCAUCAUCCCCAUCUCUUGGUACACGCACAUCUUGAAUGAUCUCAACACAACCUCUGUUGCGAGCGAGAUCCGUGUGGGUUAUUGCAUCAUUCUGGGGUACAUCGGCGGUAUUUUCGAAGUUCUUGCAGGGUUCGUCAUGUUUAUCGGUAUAUGCCGCUGCUGCAAGGGCAGAAACAGAGGCGAGAUUCGAGCGGACCGAGCAGUGGCGAAGUUCAACCCCCAAAGCAAUCCACCAAGGCGCAUGAACGUGCCGAGCCUGAGCCGGCCACGCAGCGAGGUCAGCAGCGUGCCCUACUCCAAAGAGUCCGUGGAUGACGACGUCUCUUUCCCCAGAGCCAAGAGCGUGGCGCCGUCGGUCAACACGCUGGACAGUAGUGGCAGGCCAUACGACGCAGACCUUUGAGUUGGGCACAGUUUAUUCAGAUGGGGGCAGGUGGACUUGGACAAUGGUAACAAAACAUGUCAGUCAUAUUUGUAUUUAACUGAACGUAUUAGUGCCUAUUAUGAACUCAAUUGUUUUAUAUUUUUACUUCCAAUGAUGCAAUCCAAUGUGCCGGAAAAGUCCAGUAUAGAAAAGCACAAGAUCAAUGUCUUUUGGAAAGGUGUUUUUCAAACUAAAAUGAAGGCAAUGAUGACGUUUGUACCAAGUUGCUUUUAUAGUGAUACUUUGUAAAUAGUAUUUCUUGUGAAGAAUCUUGCCAAAAAUGUGUUGUAAAUAUUUUUGUACGCACUUUAAUGGUUGGAACAGAGAAAGGAAGAUUUGUUUUGAUGUGUGAUGAAAGGGCUGUUAAAUAAAUGUGCAGUUUUCAA